CCUACCACCCGUUAAAGAAAAGCGCGCGGAGAGCGCGCGCGCAUAGUUCAACUCACAAAGACAGCCAUUGAAACGUAAAUGCACUACGCUAACUAGCGGGCGGGAAUGGCUUUUGCGUAUUCAGCCUUGUCUAAGGAUCUCUAUUCUUUUUACACUGCCCACAUAAAUACUUGUGAAGAAAAUGUCUUCACCGACAAAGCAAGUUAGUGUCCGCCGGCUACCCCCGCUUCCAAAUCAAAUAACACUACGCAAUCUGAAGGAAAAUGGAAACCCGACCGAAGUCGCACAAACUGAAAGCCUCAAAGGAAAGCCUUCAGGAGGUAAGGAAUUGUUUUUAUUCAUUUUUCUGAAUGUCGUACGAUAAGUGCAGGUUUUUGCCCUUGGCAGUAACUGAUUUUUUCUUGAGGUUUCAUGAAGUAUGUUUAUAUUUUUCUCACAAGUACACCAUUUAAGUGAGGGAUGUAACUCAAUUGACAGCUCGCCGCCGUGACAUGAAUCAAAACGUUUUAAUCUUCAAUGAUACUUGAAAGAUUUGCCUUUACAAACUCUCUUUGAGAAAAAAAUAUAUAUAUCCGCGUUAGCUGAAUUGCAUCGCAUACCAAAGAGGAACGAUGGGAUAAAAUUACAAUGUACUGUAGGCUUUAUUACUUUUAAGUUUAACUGAAUUUUACAGUGAAUUUCUCCUUCUCCAGUAAUGAACCGGACAGACCAUUAAUAUGUUAACCUUUGAAAAUGUUAUAUUCAGAUCAAAGCCGGCCGGAAGAGAAACAUUACUCUUAUGUCGAUUAUCUCGACAUUUUGUCGCUGUCAGUAGAACGGUAAAACCGUUUUAAUUGCAUGAUUCGCAAAAAUCGAGGGUCGUAUUUAUUAUUAGCUUAUAAAUCAUGUAAGCUUAAGGUUAUGAUGUUUUCAGCUUAAAUGCCGGUCACACACUUUUCAGAGAUUCGGGAGCUUUUCUUUCUUUCCCCGUCUCUAUUUUUUUAAUCAAUUUCUUCGUGGACGAACUAUAUCUAUGCAAAUUUACUAUUACUCAAACGCGAGACAAAUUAACCAAAAAUCAGUAUGACCUGUUUAUUAGUUGAAUUUACAAAAAACAAAAUUUCAUGACAGUUUCGAAGGGUAAAAUAAUUAUAAUAACAACUUGCUUGUAUAACAUUGAAUUGCCAAGAAAAAUAUAUUUUGCGGAGAUUUUAUUCUCGAUAAUAGAAGUAAAAUAAUUUUAGCAACAGUCAUUACUUAUUUAUGGCUAACAAAACUUCUAGCAACCUCCAUAAAUGCAUGUCUAAUACGUCCGAAUUGUAUAAAAGCAGUCUAAGAGCGGCGGCAGACAAAAACAUCUGGCAAAGCUUUGUGAAACAUCGGAAAUGGAAUCUUGUUAAACCCGGAUUGAUUACUUUUCUUUAGAAAGCUAUUUGAAAAGCGAAUUGUAAACUUUUUGUGAAGCAACACACAAGACUACUUAGAACAAAUACCUUUUAGACGUAAACCGGAAGUUACCUUGAGUUAACAUUUCAACCAUUUCCGGUUAGUUAUACUCUGUUUCAAUUUGGAUGUCUACGAUUUAAAACAAAUCUCUAAAAGGAUAUAGCUACAUCAUAACGUGACGAACCGGCAAAAGUAGUGAAUCAAAAUUAAUUCACUUUUAGUCAAAAUAAGAGAGGCAUCCUGCCAAGUGUGAUAUUAAAAUGAGAGUCUCAUGCAGUUUUCAAUAUUCUACUCAUCUCAGUCAGGGUCAGGCCAGCUGCUGGGUGAUGGAUAAUCAAAAAAUCACACACUCAACUAAUUGCUUCAAACUUCAAAUUAAAAAUUAGAGCAAUGUGCAGUUCCAAGGUGGUCAUGUAAUUUUUUUUUUGGUGUUGUUUUCAUUAUCAUCUGAUUACUCCAUGAUAAAUGGUUGUCUCACUUUUUUUUUUUUCAGUUAAUGUAAAAUUUUUCAAUUUUUUUUUUCAGCAUUAAAGCUGUGUUCUCUAGCAGUGCAUGUUAACAGAUUGUAAUAAACAUUUUUUGCUUAAGAUGGAAGAAUGAAAAAAAAAGGUCAAAAUGUGUAUCGAUCAUUUCUUAUUUCAUUAUUAAAAAUUGAAAUUGAAUAGAACAAUAGCAAAUUGAGCCAAGCAUAAGCUGAGAUUUUCCUCCAGUUUUAUCAGUUUGAGAACAAAAUAACAAGUCAUUUUAUUAUUAAUAUUUUUAUGAUCAAAUAUUAUUAUUUUUGUUAUUGUUAUUACUAUUAUAUAUAGUAUUAGCAUUCAUCAACAUAUUUAUCAUUAUCAUUAUGCCUAGGAUACUUGGUGCCAUCAUUCCCUCCUUAAUGUAAUUAAAUGUCCAUUUACACUUCUAGUUUACAAGUGUAGCCAUUGAUUCAGAGACUGAAAACAAUAGCUACACUUGUAAAUUACAUUUGUACAAGUUUUACUAACUUGACCCCAGCACUUUUCACAGAAUCCUUCCUGACCUCAGCAAGGUUAUUCAUUGUAAAAUUUCCAUGCAAUAUGGCAUUCCCAACUGUCCCAUUAUUAUUAUAAAAAAAAUAAUAAUUAUUAUAUUAUUGUUUUUGUGAUUAUUUUCACCAGUGGUUCUCUCUGAAUUGCAAGUCAAGGAAUACCUUUUAGCAAAUCCUUGCAUCUUGGAAGAAUUUAUCAUGGCUAACACCAGCCAGGAACAACUUGAGAGAUGGUUGAUUAGAAAAACACAGUCCUUAGAACAUAUAACAGGAAAUAUAAACAAUGGUAUGUAUUUGAAUAAUGUAUAUUAGUUAUGUUUAUCUUUGUAUUCUUUUCUUCUUCUCUAUAAUUAAUCGUGAAGAAGAAAAUCCAAACUUAGCAAGAUGAAGAACAGUUAUUCUUAAUUGGGUGGGUGGGUUGGUGGGUGGACCUGGGGUGGGGGGUAGGGAAGUAGGAUGGGAUCUUUGGGAUGAAAGCUGUCUUUUAAGGGUAGUAACUUGUAUGAUCAGGCAAUAAUAAAGUAUGUUUUCUCACCAAUAAUAAUAAGUAAUCUUAGGUUUAAAUCAAAUAGGGUUUGUAGUUGGUGUAGCUGACUUCUGGGGGGUGGGGAGAGGGCUGCAGUCAUGUCUAUUUGUUUUGUCUGUUUCUUUUGUUGUAGUUUAUUACUUUUAUUAUCAUUAUCUUUAUCAAUAUUAUUGUCAUUGUCAUCAUUAUUGUCCUCGUUAUCCUCAUCCUCAUCAUCAUCGUCAUGGUCAUGAUCAUCAAAAUCAUUAUUAUUGUAAUCAUAACUAUGACAAAAUUCUCAGAUCUGUUUGGUUAUCAACUGCCCUGAUUCCAGCCUUAAUAGGACAAUUUAAUUAGACAGUACGUGUCAUGCCUGGGUAAUUGGACAGUAUGCACCAUCACGCAAGCGCCAAUAAAUGGCUUUUUUUCACUGCUAGCAAAAACAAAUUGGAAUUUCUUCUCUUUUGAUUUAAGAAAAGAGCCUUAUAUAUCACAAAUUUUGUUAAAGUUAGAUUAAUUGGUAACUGAACUUCGUGUUGUCUAAUUCAGUCUCUAAUCAUACUCGUGAUUAAACAAAUCAGACUCCUGCUAUGCGGUCGUCCGAUUUUGUUAAUCACUUGUAUGAUUACAGACCAAAUUGGACUCCACUCAGUCCUGGUACCAUUACUUAUCGCUAUCAUCACUAUCAUAAUCAUUAUUAUUAUUAUUAUAUCAUUUUAUUUUGUUCUUUUCUGUUGAUGUCAUUUUUGUUUUUUCUAGUUAAUUUUUCUUAAGAUCCUUACUUUCUGGACAAAUGCUCUCAGAGAUCUUUAAGUAACUUUGCUUGGGUACUUUACUGUAUAACCAUUAUAAGCCCUGCCCCAUGCCCCUCCUUUCUUAAUCACGGUUAGUUUGGGGAGGGGGAAGUUGAAAGGCGCUGCAAGGAGCACAGUUUUGUUGUGAAUCCUUGAAAGAUAAAGCCUUUCCAGUAUGAUGCCGCAGGUACAAAUGGAAAAUGUCAAUAUUUUGACUAUUGACUUAUGGCUUUUGCUCCUAUAGAAAGUUAGGAAGCACAGGCUCAUUUUUUAAAACUUUACUUGGCUACUAUGAAGUCUGAACAUCAUGACCAGACGGCUUUUAAUGCUGUUUCUUUUGUGUGUGUGUUUCUUUACAGGCCUGAGACCCUCACUCUCUAAAUGGAAGGUAUAUAUAGCCAUUCGAUUACAGUUCCUAGGCCUGUUUCAGGUAUUGAACUUUCCAUGUGCCAAAUUGAGUGCUCAUGUGGAAAACUCCACUGCCACUGUUGUUGCUCAUGAUUCAGCACAUGUAAAGUUGCUCAUUUGAAAAAGGGCAUUAAUUGUGUAAAAAGUUAUCUUAAUUAUUGUUCAGUAAUACGUUGUUGUAGUUGUUUGUUUUCCUUUUCUAGAAUGGUUUUAAGGUACGAGUGCAGGUCCCAUUGAGAAACUGCAAAUUCUGAAAGGACUGUUGCUCAUUCCCCAACCUGUGCACUUACAUUUUUAUAGGAAGUUGUGAAGUUGUUGGAAUAUGACCUGUGUGACAGGCGUUUGAAGGAAGGGAAAGGGAGUUUUUGCGCGAGACAAACGCGAGGGGCGCGGAAUACGGUUGGAGGGCAGGGAUUCCAUGCUUAAAUUACGGGUGACAAGAGGAUCCCACGAUCCUAAUCUCCAGGUUGCUAUUACGCAUGCGCGGCACGUACUUAGCCAGCAUCGUUUGGCCUUCCACUAAGAAUGAACGGAAUACACAGAACGUAGUCUUAGCUUCACUGCGAGAAUAGUCACCAAUUCCCAUCAUCUCUUUCCUUUUACACAGCCGGUUACUGGUCCUUCGGGACCGUAGUCUACCUAUUUAAAAUCACGUUUCCGGAUCUCCCUCCCCCCCUUCGCGAAGUUUUGCUAGCUGAAUUUUUUCCCACCGUCCUCCCCUUCGGCGACGUGUAUCCGUCUGCCCGUGUAUUUUUUGCUCAUUGACUUGCCAAAAUUUUCCCUAACUUAUCUAUAGCUCGGCAGUGAGUGGCUAUUAUUGCAGUGAAGAUGUAUUACGAUCACGCGCGUUUGAACCUUCUAUCACUCGUUCUGAUAACGCGUGUUUUGACCAUCUAUCCACGAAACUUACGCAAAAUACAGCGGUGGAACAAAAGCGUUUUGGGCUCAUCCUCGGAGUAACAAGCUGUUAAACCCACGGCUGACGUAAAACAAAGGCAACAAAGAAACCGGCACAAUAGAACCUAGAAAUAAAAAAGGUGCGAAACAAAGAAAAAGUUAUACCCGCGUUUUGACCCUCGAUCGUUGUCUCAAUCGUUGCUUUUCGUGGCGCCCCGAAAAGAAAUCCAGUAUAGUGUUAACCGAGCCUUAAUUUAUGGUUUUAUUCUUGUUUCUGUUUGUUUUGUCGUUUGUUUGAUUGUUUUGAAUUUCACAAAUUGAAAAUCGCUUUUAUUAUUAGGGUAAAAAGCUUAAAUGGCCGUAUUCACACUAGAGACGGAUUAUCCGUCUGAGACGGGUUAUCCGUUGGAUAAUUCGCAUCAGAGAGAUAAUACCGUCUUAAUUUACUUAUCGGGGGGGGGAGGGAGGGGGCGGGCGAAGUACAAAAAAAAUAUUCGCGCCAGGGAAAAUUAAAUGAAAAAAAUUCACGCACGCCAAUUAAUCCUAAAAAAUAUUCAUGCUAUGCCCCCCAAAAAAUUAAUACAAGGAAUUUGAUAACGAAAAAAAAAUUGCUGCGGCUCGAAAAUUCCCCUUCCCCUCCCCACCUCCCAUAACUUUUCUAAUGGUCCGUCCCUUAUCCAUCUGUUUUUCUGUCAAUUUUGACGGAUAUUGAAGAUGUAUUAUCCGUCUCAGACGGAUACUCCGUCUCUGGCGUGAAAAAGGCCAAUGUGAGUUUAAUGUUAAUAUCAUUAUUUGUAAAGGAGCUAGUAUUUCGCCAUUGAAAUUCAAGAUAUAUCGGUAAUUUGACUUGAACUGUUUGUGUUUGGGCUGCAGUUCUGUGUUCAUACCGAUAAGAGGAAAAUGCUUCAACAGCUGACAAGAGACAUCAAUCAACAACCAAAGAAAGUCAAGGUCAUGCAUGAGCUGGUCAAAAGUGUUGCAGCAGGUCAGGUUACUUUCUUUCCUCCUUCCUAUGUAAUCCUCCGUUCGUUCAUUUGUUCUUAACUAAGAAUACGUGUAUCGCAGAAACCCUGCGAUGCUCGAGGAGGGUGGCCCGUACAAUUUUAGGUAUCAGAGGGUGGGAAAGAAACAGAGUAAAUUGUGAUUGGGGAGGGAGGGAGGUACAAUACCAGCUCUAAAAUUGGAAGUUGAGACACACUUUAACUCCUCUUGGUUGAGGUGAAUGCGAACCCAGUCUCUGCCAACAUUGAUUAUAAUUCUCCCCAUAUCGGCCUUCAUGAACAGUGUUGUUCCUGUUUUAUGAUAAUUACGUUAGCACGUCAUCGGUGAACCAAUAUGUGUCUUUCUUUACAGACACAUUACUUGUACCUCUUACCUUCUGUUCUUGUUCUUAUGCACGAAGUUUGUUUAUGUUUUGUUAAAUUCCUUUUUUUUCCCGUCAAUCUCGUUUUAAUAAAGAAUUUGCUCGUUUUGCAGCCACUCAUGCAAACACGCAUUCUCUUUACUUGGUUGACAAGAACGGACGAGUAAGUGUUGAUCAGAUACAAUUUAAAUUCGAACGCGUGUAGUCUGAGAAAACAGCCGUCAUUUCGCAAUGUCACCAUUGGCUUUCCCCGCGAAAUGACGUCCGAGGAAAGAGCGCAGUAAUUCCAUGCUAUACUGAUGCCUUGUCACUAUUGCCUUUGAUUGGUCAUUCCGCGUGAGAAAUUUGCUUCAACCAAUCAGAAGCAUUGCCUGGAUCUGGGUAGUGACGCUUCAUGAGUAUGGAAUUUCUGUGCUCGUUCCUGAGGCGCGUCAUUUCGUGGGAAAACCAGUGGUGGCGACGCGAAAUGUCGGCUGUUUAUUCAGGCUAUUGCCUUUGAUUGGUCAUGCUGUGUGAGAAAUUUGCUUAAACCAAUCAGAACCACUACCCAGAUCUGGGUAGUGACACGUCAUCAGUAUGGAAUUUCUGUACUCGCUUCUUAGACGUCAUUUCGCGAAGAAACCAGUGGUGGCGUCGCGAAAUAUCGGCUGUUUACUCAGGCUAAAACACAUGUAACAAUUCAAGCUGUUGUAGCAAAACUGAAUGCAAGGCUGGGAGUACGGCAAAAGGCUGAUUUAUUUGAGGCCAAUAUUUCGGCCAACAAAUUAGACAAAAUUAUUGCCAGCCUUGCAUACGGUUUUGUUUUAAUUCCCACUUCAAGUGACUUCUGGCAAUAGCGUCUCUACAUCAGAGAUCCGGCAAGAAAGAACCAUGCAGUCGUUUUUAUUUACCCGUUGAGUGGACUUCUGCAUUCAAGGGUUUUUACUAAGCUAGCUGUUGCAGUCAGUGACGAAAAGUAAGGGAAAACAGAUGAGCCAGCGCCCAUAUGAUUUGGAAGAGACUACUGAUUUCAGUAUAGCGAGCGUACGUCUUAAACAAUCAUAAAGCGAGACGAUAAAAAACACUUUCUCAACCAUAAAUUACAGUGAUGUCUCUUAUUGCAAAGCACUGUAAUGAGCUCUUAGUUCUCAAUCCGUAGAAUUAAGUCGCAAUAGUCCAUUUGUCCGCAAUUAAGAAUGGCGGGGUUUGGAGAAGGUGCUUUUAAUUGUUAUUUUUCUAAGGAGCUGAGAACAUUUGGACCCUUUAGACAUUUUCUCAAUUGGCUUUUCCUGCGAUCAAAAGUUAAUCGUUUGGAUUUCAUUUUUCAAAGGGUGCCAACAAAUAAUUGAUGGUUUUGGCUUAGGUAGCUUGUCCAUAGGCCCUAUAUACCGGUAUAUAUUUUCUCAAUUAGAGAUCGUUGGGCGCGCAUGGAAAUAAAAACCACGGGGGAUUUUUUGACCGCAAGCGCUCGUUCUCGCGCUCCGCGAGGAAAAACCAGGGAAAACGUCUGUGAACGGUUUUUAUUUUAGUUUUUGUUUUCUGUGCGCCCGCGUUCCUUCGCGCAAAUCACGUUGUUAAAAAGGACACUGCAGGCCUAACGGCUGGAAUUUGAGCCUAUUAUAGCUCUGGCCAGGUUUUUAUUUAAUCUUUUCGCCUUUGUUUGUUGUUUGUUUUUUUUUUUCACAGGACAUAUAUCUAUACUCGGAAACUAAACCAAGGUAAGAUUUCAGUAUAAAAUAUUACUCUUAUAAAUACAACUACUAAAUGUCCUUAGUGUUAGUAUAGGUUAUGAGGUGCGAGUGAUGACUCACUUUAUCUCGACAGUGCUUGUAUUUCAACUUGUUUUCGUUGUUGUUGUUUGUUUGUUUGUUUGUUUGUUUUUUGUCUUGCACUCUGCCUUACUAACUUUAAAAUGCCCGCGAUUCAGUGUCUUAUGUUCGUUCAAACUCAAAGUUUUUUUUUUGCCGUUAAACAAAAUUGGGAAACGUGCUUUUCUUUAUCAACCGCAAACAUCUAUUGAUGUAACAAAAUUGUUGAAUAUAUUCACGCCCAUAAUGUAGAAAAUUUCACGGUUACAGCUUUAGAGAGGACCCGCAAUUUCUCCAUCGCAAAUGCUGUAAAUUUUCAAGUCAUCCACAUAACAACUUGGCCGUCAGAUAAUUGCUUGCGUACGUAACAGUCGAUCGUUUCCGUUUUGGAAACGACUGCUCCGCAUUGAAUCACCAAUCAGCGAUAACUGCAAAAAAUAUGUGCUAAAAUACAACGUAUUGUUUAUUUGUUUCUUUGUUAAUUGCUUUAUGCAAUAUGUUUGUCGUAGAUCGCGAUCUCUCUGCCGUCAAACCAUUGGAAAAGGAGGCACUGUGGCCGCGUAUGUGGCGGAGACUGGGCAGAGACUGUUUGUGAAGGACAUUCUUGGGGUAAAUUGUGGACAGCCAUUAAUUUUAUUGUUACGUGUAUUUUUACUGUCUUAAAUGGUGAAAUGUUUUAUUUUUGAGACUCAGUCAUCACAGAUUUUGAUAGUUGAUUGGUCUUGUUUCACUCACAAAAAAAUUAUUUCAAGGUGAUGUUGUUUCUGAUACCUUUAUUUCCUCGAAAAUCGUGGAUAACUAAUGAUUUUGAACUCCUUUUACGCAGGAUGAAAGAUUCCCUAAAGGAAUUGGUAUCGAAGGUGCGUACUACCCUAACAGAAUGGUUGGCGGAAAGUGAAUAAUUGAACUGUAUUCUAUGGUAGAUUAAAUUGGUGACCGUAUAAAGACUCAAACAGCGCUAGCCUUCAUGUACUUCUUUCUAAAGUAGGGGCUUGAAAAGUCAAUUCGUUCAUAAGGAACAAGUAUUACAUAUAUCAACAUACCAUAAACCCCAUACAAAGAAAAUUGGGUGCUCCCUAUGUUUUUACGAGCCCAAGUAACGAAAAUGUCUACCAGCCUCUGUGACGGACAUCUGUACCUUCAAGAGACCUGCUAAAGGUGUACUUCAUCUCAGACUAAUUGCAGCCAGGAAAGUAAAUUCUAAAGAAAUAAAACCUUCCGCCUAAUUUCCACGGAGAUUUUUGAAUAAUUUCUUGUGGUAGUUUUCUAUCCUAACUACCUGUUCUUAAUCUCUUUAGAGUGUCUAAGUAGCUCUGUUGACUAAGAGUAUGAAAUUAGUAUCCCUGUGCUUUUGCCGUACCUCACGUGUAAAGUACGAAUUGGACUGACUGAACAAGUAGCGUGUACCUAUUGAUUUUGGUCAAGAAAGAAACUUACCAUGACUAUAACACUGGUAGUCUUUACACUAGAGCCUAAAUAAGCUAAGAAAUAUUUCAAGACAAGUAAAUUUUAAAAUCUUCAAGUAAAAGAAAGCUUCACACACAACGUAUCUGUUUUACUUCAGGUUUAUUUAAGCCUGUUUUCCCACGCAACAUAAUUAAGAUUGAUUGACAUGCUUCGCAUUUUUCAAAGCUUAGAAACCGCAAGUUUGCUAAUUCGCUUUUAAGGAUGGUUUUCAAGUCACUUGAAACUUUCUUGAAUCGUUUCAACUUUCGGACUUUAAUGAGAUGCAAAGUAAAGUUACUUGAGAUUUUACUUAGGCCUUCACACACGCAUUUUUGGUUAAGUAAAACUUAGCAGCUCCUAAGUCUUACUUAACGGCCUAGUGUAAAGACAACCACUGUUUGUUUUCCAGAUAGUACAGCUCAGUCCGUACUGUGUCAGCCAAUUGUACAAGCUGAUGGAGCUAUAGUUGGUAAGAGGGCUUGUCGAUGACAUAGACCGCCAUAAUUGUUGUGUUUUCAAAAACCUAUCAGUUAUAAUUAUCCAUCAUUAUGAAAGACACCUUUUCGUAUCCAACUGAGCUUUGUUAACAACCUUUGCUUAAUCUUUGCAUAAUGUACUAAGCUUUAUCAAGAAAACAUAAAAGGACUUUUCUUAAGGUAACUGGUUAAUUUACUCUUUCGUACCAUCACCCUACUGGGGGAAAGUGGCUCAAUACGGUCAGUGAUUAAUAUUGACAAUGAAGAAAUAUUGGUAAAAAUCGUUAGUGCUUGUUGCUUUAUGCACACAGUUGAAGUUUUCUAAAUCAGUGCGUGCUUCACACGGCUUGUAAAUCGCUCGGAUUGUUAACUGAAGUUAACACUUAUUUUGCAGGUAUUGUAGAGUUGGUUAAAACGUUGGGAAACUCAACUUUUGAACGGGAAGACGAAGAGGUAAAUAAUUGUUUACAUCCAAGUAUCAAGUAAUAAAUAAUUAUGUAUUUAUUUAUUAUUUUGUGUUUUGUGUUUGUUUAUUUCUUGUUGAUUCCAUAAUUUGUUUGGUUUUUCGUUCUUUUCGUUUUCUAAAAUUAUUUAUUUAUUUAUUCUUGUUUCGUGCAGCAACUUCAUUAAUAUGUAAUCAGGACUAAGAAAGACUUUUUUUACCUGACUGUUUUGUCUGUUGUUUCCAGAUCGUCAAUAGCUACCUAGCAUGGGGAAGUAUUGCUAUACAUCAUGCCGAGGUGAGUGGUUUACUGACUGCUCAGUCACGCAGUUAGUCAAUCAAUCAUUGUGCCAGAUACUUAGGUGGUCAGUCAGUCAGCCAGCCAGUCAUACAGACAGACAACCAUUCAGUCAGUUAGUCAGUCUGUCAGUCAGACAGUCAAUCGGUCAGACAGUCAGUCGGUCAACAGUCAGUCGGUGAGUCAGUCAGUCAGAGAAACAGAUUAUCAUUCAGACAGUUAGCCAGACGAGUCAGUCAGUCAAACAGGCAGAAAUUCAGUCGAGCACCUAAUAGGUCACCAUUAAGUCUUCAAGGAAACAAUCAGCCAGUUAUCUUAGACUCAUAUCAACCAACUAAUUUUAAAUUAGUUUGUCAUUUUAAUGUAGUCAGUCAUUGAAUCAGUACAGUCAGACAUUGAAUCAAUAUGGCUUUGACCUUUCGCCCGUUUAACCAGCACUUUGCUCAUUGAUCAGUGUCCUGAAUGUUUUUCUUUUGCCAUACCUUUUAUGCUGUCGAAAUCUCCUUGUUAUAGCUCGUGUGCGUGAGGAUGUGAACUUUAAACUCCUUUGUGAUUUACUAUCUGGAUAACUUGAUAGUCAUGGCUUUGCUGAUUGUAAUUUUGGUCAUUUAUUGCCAUCUUAUUUUAGUUCGCUUCCAAAAUCGUGAACUACUCAUAGCUGUCAUUUCGUGCAAUAAAAUAUUUACUCCAAUUUUUGUAUUUAGCUUUCCAAACAAAUGCAAAAGCAGAAAGACCUGAACAGCUUCUUACUAAGUGUUGUAAGGUAAGUGAAAGACAAAAAAUGAACUUGUUACAAGAGCUGAAGCAGCUGAGAUAUUUGCCUUGCGAGGCGCUUGCCUCAAAUGUUUGGAUUCCUCGUUUGUACGGCGGGCUUUAGACCUCACAAAAGUCUUUUUCAACCGACGUUUAAUGAGGGAAAGCAACCAUUUUUUUUACCAGAGAUUUUGGAGCUGAACUAAGAUACUUUUGGUGUCAAAAACAUCUUUUCCUUUUAGAUAAGGAUUGGAUACCAGUAUUGUAGAAAGUUUUAGGACAAGUGAACGCUCUUCAAGAGUACUUAUUUUAGACUGAGUUUAGCUUGCGAGAAAGCUCUCUAUUUCGAUCGGCUUGCGAGGCGAGCGGCGAGAAAAGGGGCUGAUUCUCGUGAUUUUUUCUCCUAAAAUGAAAAGCUUGCUCUCAGGCUAGGUUGAGUUGAGUAUUCAAGGCCUUUUCACUGCUAAAUUUCACUGUCUUAUUAGCCUGAGAAAACAGCCGACAUUUUGCGACGCCACCACUGGUUUCCUCGCGAAAUGACGUCUGAGCAACGAGUGCAGAAGAUCCAUACUGAUAACGCGUCACCUGCCAAAUCUGGGUGAUACUUCUGAUUGGUCCUAACUUGCGAUCAGGCGGUUCUUCUUCCCUUUAAAAAGAAAAAAAAAACGCCUGAACGCAGGUUAGAUUGGUGCUCCCGCGAGGGAAAUUUGUUUCAACCAAUCAGAAGCACUACCCAGAUCUGAGUAGUGACACUUCAUCAGCGUGGAAUAUCUACUCUCAGACGUUAUUUCGCGGAGAAAACACUGGUGGCGUGGCGAAAUAUGGGCUCGUCUUUCAGGUUACUUUUAUAACGAUGAUUUGAGUUUCUUUGUUGGUAUCAUAACCAAAGUUCUUUUUUGUCAGAUCCAUCUUUGACGAAGUCAGUACGAUGGAUGUCGUCAUCGAAAAAAUCAUGGUAGGAAUUGUGUUGCAAGGACAAUUAACUGGAAUUAAUAUUUUGAUUAACUGUUUAUUCAUUCCUGAAAACCGUUUCAUUCUGACAGGCGUUUGCCAAGCGACUCGUUAGUGCUGAUCGAUGUGCACUGUUCAUGCUGGAUUCCAAGACAGAAGAGUUAUACGCUAAUCUGUUUGACGAAGGUGAUGAAGAUGGUUCUGAAUACAAAUUCAGAAGUGGAGUGGAAAUAAGGUAAACAGCAGUGGUUUUAAAACUACAAGUGCACUACAACGGCUCAACCGGAAUUUUAAGGUGUUUGCAAGAAUGUGCUUUGGGCAAGGAAGUGAAUAGUCUAAAUUAUUUGCACGAAAUGAGAUAAAGUCUAUGGAAUCUUCCUAGUCUGUCAGGAAAAUUAUACUGUAUUUAGGCGCUGGCAAUAUCAAACUGAAAUCGUCGUGAGGUACGGUACCUGCACUAAUUUGUGCUAAAUUUUCUCCGAGCUUGUUACUCUUUAUAAGAAGAAGAAGAAGAAGAAGAAGAACCUUUAUUAAUUUAUACCGCUCAGGGUAGCCCCUUCAGACGCAAAAAGCUGUCUGUUAUCAAUGGGAGCCCUGAGCAAAAUGAAUUUAAAAAAACAGGGAUCACAGUGCAGUCAAUUAACAAUUAUUGGAAUCGUUUAUCGCAAAAUAUCUUGAUUUGUUAGUGGCGAGCAGAUCAGUUGAUCUGCGAGAUCAAAAUAUUUUGUGACUGCGACAAUAUUGAAUUAAUGCAGUUUUCAUUUUAGACUUUCAAAAAAGUCCUUCUUCGGAUUUGAUAUGGUGUGAGACAACCUCUCGCGACUUCGUCUCUCGCUCGGCCGCUUUGCGGCCUCAAAGGUUCGCUUCACUCGCUCGGAAACUCGUGAGGACGACUAGUGGCAAGUGUAUUCUCAUUUGUACUAUGAACUCUUCUUGCCAGGUUUCCUAUGGACAAAGGCAUCGCCGGUUACGUAGCAAGUACAUCUGAGGUCCUAAACAUCAGUGACCCGUAUCGAGACUCGCGCUUUAACCGUGAAGUUGAUAUGAAGACUGGAUACAUUACCAAGUCCAUAUUAUGUGUUCCUGUCAGAUGCAAAGGAAGGUGAGAAAUGCACAGCAGCUGUCGGAGAGCAACUAAAUCGCCCUUUUCGUGUAGACACAUUGAGAAUUCUGCAAUGCUAAUAGGUCGGAGGAGGGUCUGGAGGUCGAUGACGAAAAUUCAGAGUGCGUGCGAAAAUGGGAACAUGAAGAGAAAUUAUCAUUUCCAUAUCAUUAUCAUUAUCGUUAUCUUCAUCGUUAUUGUUAUCGUUAUCGUUAUCGUUAUCGUUAUCGUUAUUGUUAUCGUUAUCAUUAUCGUUUUCGUUAUCGUUGUAGUUAUCAUUGCCAUCAUCGUUAUCGUUAUCGUUUUCGUUAUCAUUAUCGUUUUCGUUAUCGUUGCCAUUAUCAUUACCAUCAUGAUUAUCGUUAUCGUUAACGUUGUCAUUAUCGUUAUCAUUGUCAUUCUUACUGUUACCAUUAUCAUUUUUUCUCACAGCCAAACUUGGUCACCAGCCUCGCAGGUUACAUAUAACAUUAGGAAAAGUUCUCAACUUUCCUUUUCUGAUACCAUAGGGAAAAACAACAGCACUUGAAGCCUUUCAACUCAUUCGUUCGGUUAAGUUUUGUUUGAAUGAUUAUGUCACGUGAUGGGAUCCUUUCCAACAGCGAGAAUUUGAUAAAAGAUAAUCAUGCACUUAUUAACCACUUUUCUAUCGCUUGUUUAAUAGCGUCAUUGGCGUGGUACAGAUGGUAAACAACAGGAGGGGAUUUUUCUCACCUGAAGGUAAAAAUAUAAUGUUGGUAACCUGCUUCUGUGCUCCUUUAGUCUCUUUAAUUCCCUUAUCUACAUAAUACAAGCCAAGUAGCUAUGGCAACAGUUUGCCCCUAUCUGUAUCUCCGCUUGACUGUGAUCUCUUGCAAACAAAGGAAAUUGACAAAAAGCUAAGUGUAAAUCCACCGUUAGGGGUAGGAGACAAAGAAAAUUUGGAGCAUCAAACUAGGUUAAAAAAUCUUAACCUGAAUUUAUAAUCGUUGCCUACAACGUAUAAACGUUCUUGUUGCAAUUUAAAGCGUAUUGAUAUAGUCUUCCCACUAAUCUAUUACUUCUGUGUUUACAAAUCAUCGCACCUUUUUCGUGUGUCAUGUUCUAGAUGCUCGAUCGUUUGAACUGUUUGCUGGUUACUGUGGGCUGGCUCUUCACUACAGUCAGGUUGGUUUAUACAAAGCAAAUGUUUUGGUAUACAGCGUGAAAUUAGCCUGAACUCAUGAGCAGUUCGAAAAAAGUGAACGGAAAAGCGAUGUAGAUUAUAUUAAAUCAUCUACUUAGCUUUUUCAGUAACCUUUGUGUAUUGAAUAAUAGGCCUUUCUUUCACUCCAAUCCAGUGAAAGAAGUUUAAGAUUGAGUAGACAAAGUCAUACAAAUCAUGGUCAACUCAAGCCUCGAGAUGGUGCCUAGUGUUAUGCGGGAAGUCGAUUUCGAUCUGUUUCUAUAUUUAUGUUUCUCAGCUAUAUUUACUUAUUUAUGCAUUUAUUUAUUUAUAUAUUAAGCAAUUUAUUUAUUUUUCACUUGAUUACAAUCUUUGUUUCGCCAGAUGUACAGCCAGUUGUUUAAGUCCCAACAGAAGCAUCAAGUUGCCUUGGAAGUACUCACUUAUCACUGUUGUGUACUGGAGAAUGAAACCCGACAGCGACGCGAGGCAGUAACAUCAUGCGUUCUACCCAAUGACUUUUACAGGUAAGAAUCAUGGGUUGGAUAUUUUCUGGCCUUUGCAACCCAAUUAUUAAACUGUGAAAGAACAGGUAGCACAAACUUCAAAUAGACUAGUGAUGAUCAAAGGUUAGGGAUCGUGGACGAGUUCGAUGUAAACGCUCAUGAUAGAAGGUCAAAACACCCGUGAUCAGUUGAUGUGUUAUAGCAGGUCCAAACAGAGGUCCGAACGCGCGUGAUGAGAUCAUGGAUAAUAGAAAGACUGGAUAGGAAACUGGCUGACGCGAUCGGUUCCAACAUAGUAGAAAAAUGUGACGUCACAUUAUCGAGAGCCAUUCAACCUCAUUCGACGUUUUGCGCGUCUUAUGUUUCCUCGCAUAUUUCACUAUCUCUGUCUUCCACUAUACAUAUUAGCCAUGUUUUGAAGUAAAGGAUGAAGAGGACUUGCUCUUGGAGAAGACAGUUAGAGGGUACAAAACCGGUAGAGGCAGAAGACAGAGUAAAUAAUUAUGAAACUUGUGAGAGCGACGAAUGACUCCAGUGCCCGAUAAUUUUAUGCACCAAACGGGAAGCCUAGCUACAUAAAAAGUAUGCGAAAACUUACAUGUAUACUGCUACAAAACACCUGUACAAAAGGCACAGCCUAAUUUUCUUCAAACCACAAGAAAACCGGAAAUAAUUUCAACCCUUUUUAUCACGAUUUUCACGAUUUCUUUUCUACUUCAAUCGACAAGCUCAGCGAGUGUCAAAUUUUAUAAGUUAGCAACUGUUGACAAAAUGAUUUUAUUAGCGGUAAAAGUACCCAGCUCAAACAGGCGUUUAAUUUUCCCUUCAAUUUUAUUUACGGACAACCAGUGACAAGAAGUCGUAUUUGAGAAAUAUAAAAAAGCGGCGAAAAGCUCACAGCAGAGAAAGGAAAUUUGCUUGCGGACCACCGUGGAAACACCGUUUCUAAACUUUUUCAAAUCAAUUUUCAUUGUGAAGCAAGUUGUUUUGUAAUUUUCAGGUAUAAAUAUACAGUGACCCAAGGUACUUUUCAGUCAGGUCUCUGAAAAAGCGAACUGCAACUCUUUUAAAAAUGUUAUGUAAAACGGUUAAUUGUUAACUACUAGAAUACAACUGGGAAGCAAACUCUCCUGGUUAAUAGUAGAACCUUCACAUCUUUUUCAUUUCCGCUUGUCUUCCAUAAGGCUUAAUAAAACCUAGAAAGGUAUUAUCUUUGAAAUACUGACCUUUUUUGGGAUGAAACAGAGUUUAGGCUUUUGUGUAGUGUUAAUGAUAUGGAUAGGGAAUACUGUAAAUCACCUCUGAAAUAAACAUAAACACUAUUCCCAAAGAAAAAUAGAAGCUGCUUAUAUAUAUGAAAAAAACCCGGUAACAUCAGGUGUUAUGGGGUUUUUGUUUAGUCUGAGGUAAGUGGAUGAGGGAUUGAAAAAAUAUGACUGUCUGGUCACAUUAUCAUGUUGUUGAAAGCAAAAUUCAUACCUCAAACAAGUACAGGUAUUUGUUUUAUUAAUUUGAUUUAGAAUAUACCUUGGUAAGGUUUAUCAUCUACAGGUACAUUGUUACUUUGGAUCUCUAAAAAGCCGAAUACAAUAAUAGUGCUAAUCAAGUCCAUCUUUGGUUUGAAAAACAAUGUGAUUCAGAUAUAGACCGUUUCAGGGAAGAACACUAACCAAUUUAAACACAUGACUCUGUAGCUAAUACAAGCAUUGACCCUCAAACACAAUCAAUUUGUCCCACUCACAAAGAAAUAAUAAAUACACUUCAGAAGUGAUAAAUAAAGUUUCUGAUCAUAAAUAAUUUAGAUGCCACCUUCUGGCUCUCAUGCAUGACAAAAGCAACUUUGUUGCUGUUUGAUACAGAAAGAUUGAUUGAUUUGUGCCCUCUCACAAGAGUACUUGACCACAAUUUUACUGUCUUCAUUGACCAUGUGUGUUCAGCAAAUCCUACAAGAAAGAAAAACAAAAGGAAAGCUAAAACACUGUUCAAAAAAAGAACAACAGCACUUAGGAGACUAAAAGGGGGACAAAAAUGUCAGUAGGUGUUUUCCCAUUGAUGCAACAAUUAUUUAUAGUUUAUGUAAGGGAAAAGUACAAAAUUUAUUCGAGUCUCUUCAGUGCCUUCGAAUACAAGCUGCGAGGAGCGACGUGAGGCGAUUGUAUUCACUGGAUAUGUAAUGUAGUAGUUUUAUUUUAACAUUAAAAGAUGAGCGAAAUUAAUAUACUGCUUUACGAACAGUUCUCAACACAAACUUGUCGGUCGAUUGGAACUUUGCACACCGUGUGCGUACACUUACUCGGCGCCAGCUCCGAACGUAGUUAGUUUCAGCCAUUUUCAAAUGAAAUUUAUGGCUGAAAAAUAACAGCAUUCAGUCUGUAACUAUGCCUAUGCCACAAUUCCAUCCUUAAAACAUCUGUCAAUCGAAGUUAAGAAUAGAAACAAGAAGAAACCUUCAUAACAAAGGCGUGCCAAAACAGUCGCCAAGUGUACUAAAUAUGGCUCUGGUAAGGUCAAUUUUGGGACGCUAUUUUCUCAAAGACAAGGACAAAUAACACAAAACAACAACAAGAAGUGCUUACCUUGAAGGUUCAAGUGUGGCUUUGAAGGAUCGCAAUCGCCGUAAGACAACAAACGAAGGAAAAAACACCCACCAAAGAUUAAAGUAGCACUAAAAAAUCCGAAAAAGAACAACAUGCAGGCAAAGAAACCCUACAUUUCGACUGGUUUGCGCCACAUUUUCGCCAUCGUUUCGUCACAAAUCUCCACUAUGAUGGAACAAUCCAACGCCAUCUUGGAGCACGAACUAACCAAUUGGCGAUAAGAAAUCAGCCCACGUGACAUAAGUUUCCUAUCCAGUCUUUCUAUUAUCCAUGAUGAGAUUGCGUUCUAUGCAUUCCAUUCAUUCUUAGUAGAAUUCCAAACGAAUGCUGACUACAACGUGCCGCGCAUGUGUAGUAGCAACCUGAAAAUUAGGACUGAGGACUCCUCUGGUCGCCCGCAAUAAAUGAAUCAAUGAAUAGAUAAAUAAAUGCAAAAUAUACCGAUUCUCGCCAGCAGAGGGCUAUUGUUAGAAAUGUCAUCUUAAAACUAACGGCCUUAUUGAUUUUACAUCUUGUACUUAUUAGUUAUGUAAAGCUUAUAUAAUUAGUUAUCUAAAGAGCUCAGUGGGUUUUCAUAUUCUGGAGGAAGAAAAGCUGAAGUUUCCGCUUAGAAAUAGCAAUUUCCUUCUUGCAGGUUUGCAACCUCGAUUGUGCUUGUUUAUUUUUCGUUCUUUCUUUCUAAAUCUUGGUUUUAGUGAUUAUUAGAAACUGCCGAGAGAGCGCAAACGACUUAAGCCUGCUAUGAAUGCUACAUGUAUACCCGCCUUAACUGAUUGUUUUCCUUCUUUCAGUUAUGAAUUCAAUGUCUAUCAAGAUGAUGAAGAUUUGACAAAUUAUUUCAUUCUCAUGACGACAGAUUUUUUUCAGGAGUGCAAUGUCAGGUAAGUUGAAAGGUUGAAAUCUGGCGAAAGGUGAAAUCUCAACAAACGUGGGUAAUCCAGUUGACCAAUCAUAACUUGUAGCAAAUCUUCAAUUGUCGAAACAAAGCGCAGGAAAGACUUUUCAGUAAGUUAGGACUGGAAGUUUAAUGUAUCUUGUCGUUUGGUUGAUAAAGUUGCGCGAGAUUUUUGGCCAAUCAUAAAGCGUAGCUCUUUUUUUCAUAACACUGUUUAAUGUCCAUCGCGUAGCAAGUGGUUGCCAGAGCCUUAAGGGCUCUUUUCCUUUCUGUUUGUUGCUGUUGGUUUUAUUAUUAUUGUUAUUAUUGUUAUUUUCUUUUUUCGAUUUCGUUAUUUCCUUUUCUUUCUCUCUUUCCUUGUUUUUCCCCCAGACUUGAUCUAGACACACUUAUUCGUUUCACCUUGACUGUCCGUAAGGGUUACCGUCCUGUGGCAUAUCAUAACUGGGCGCAUGCCUUCUCUGUGGCACACAGCAUGUGCAUCGUCAUGAAAGAAGCCGCUGGAAUAUUUACCUGGGAGGAGGUAUGCUGAAUACGUUGAAGACGAAGGAGUUGUGUGACAAAAUUGAGCUUAAGUCCCCCAUUAGAAACUGAUCACCAAAUUGGGUGAAAUAUAAAAAUAAACGGAUGGGCGAUCUUUUGUAAUUUGCAUUAAUUAGUUUUAGUGUUUGGGCCAGUCUUGUUCCCAAGAAUUGAAACAACCCUCAGAAAAUCGUAUUACACUGUAUUCGUUGAUAUUACGAGCGUUAAGAAAAAACGCCCCUUUUCAAGUACAUACACAUGCCAGAAUGAUGGCAUAAGAGGGGCGCCGGAUACCCUUGCGCACACGUUUUAUGUCAGUUCCGAGGCAAACCACUGCUUUGAAUAAUCAUAACUCUGUGCUACACUCUGUCAUGAGUGUAGCAUCCUGUGAGGACCAUGCAAUGCCUUAAGCGUCCUAUGUGGCGAUGAAUUAUGAAUGAAUUACAGUCGAAACUAAGAUAACAGACAGACCAGUCCAUUCUCAAAGAGAAUUCCAUUGUUAGUCAGGACCGUUCACUGGGACCUGUUUCUCGAAAGUCCCGGAAAUUUUUUGGGUCCUAAGGCAAAUUUUGAAUUCAAAACCUGUUGAAUAGCGCAGUUCGUAGCUCACAUACCGAUUGAUUUUAAUUAUUGUUAACUGAUACUUUCAUUGUAUCGUUUUCAAAAUUACUAAUCUUGAAUGCAUGAACACGACAAUCAUAAAAGAGCUUUUCGGGCCCGAAAAGUUAUCGGGACUUUCGAGGAACGGAUCCAAGAUCGCAACUCCAACCCUAAACAGAAUGCACCGCGGUGAUGGUUUUUUGUGGAAGCACUUUUCACUAGCGACGGAGUCGGAGUCGGAGUCGUAAGAGCGCUUAUGACCUUGUGAAAAUAAAAAAUCGGAGUCAUAAGUGGAGUCAUAAGCUCGACGGAAUCGGAGUCGGAAGAGUCGGAACGUUUGCAUUUUCUUCUGACUCCGUCGCUUCGUUCCGCUUAUGAUCUAGUGAAAACCAGAUUGUCGGAGUCGGAAGCAGAAGCGGAAGGAUAAACCAAUCACAAUGCACGUUCCCACGCUUUGUGCGGAUUGGUUUAGUUUUUCCGCUUCUGCAUGCGACUCCGACCAACCAGUUUUCACUUGAUCGUCAGCAGAAUCAGAACGCUGUUUACAGUAGAUCGUAAAGUUCUACACUUCUGAUUACGACUCCUACACCGACUCCGUCGAUAGUGAAAACCAGCCUCAAAAUAGCUGGUUUCAGUUCUGACCCUUUGUGGGGCUCAACUGACGUAUACGUUACGUUGCAUUUUUAUCGUCAGCUAUGCGGACACCUCUCCAAGUGGAAACUGUCUUCCGGUCCUAUAUGCGAGGUUCGACUGUAUGGACUUAGUGUCUUCUAACAUUUGGCGUAGUGGCGUUUUAAUAUUUAACCAAACAUCUUAUCAGAAAAAAACCUCUUUUUUUUCCUCAGAAAAUCGCGUUGUACCUUUCGUGCAUCAUUCACGACAUUGAUCAUCGCGGUUACAACAACGCGUUCAUGAUCAAAAAUAAGUCUCCACUGAGUCGUCUGUAUUCCACAUCGACCAUGGAAUGGCAUCAUUUUAAGCAGGGAGUUUUUAUCCUCGAGGUAAGACCAUACGUCUUUCCUUACAAUUCUCAAUAGACUCAUCCACCGAUGUUUUCAACCGUUUUGGUUGGGACCUGUUAGCAUAAAUCCAUUACACCGCUGGAAAGAGCAUCUUAAAUCAGCCAAUUUGUUAACUUUUAGAAUGAUUUGUUAAAAACUAACGAAGGUAUAGCUCUGCAAAGUCGCGUAAUUUUACAGACGUUUGUAUGGUGUGGGGCAAGUUCGUGCCCUCACUAUACAAACGUCUAUAAGCGUCGCGACUUAUUGGAGCAAAAUGAUCUUCGCUAGCCUUGGACGUAUAACCUUUGAACUUGGUUUUAGGCCCUGACUUUUCAAGGGUAUUUGCUCACUGGUCUUUUAUAGCUGAAAAAAGACAAACAAACGCUUCUCUGGAUGACUUGUUUUGUAACAACCCUACUGCUUUCUCAUGUAAACCGUAGGAGCGAGAAGNACCAAUCACAAUGCACGUUCCCACGCUUUGUGCGGAUUGGUUUAGUUUUUCCGCUUCUGCAUGCGACUCCGACCAACCAGUUUUCACUUGAUCGUCAGCAGAAUCAGAACGCUGUUUACAGUAGAUCGUAAAGUUCUACACUUCUGAUUACGACUCCUACACCGACUCCGUCGAUAGUGAAAACCAGCCUCAAAAUAGCUGGUUUCAGUUCUGACCCUUUGUGGGGCUCAACUGACGUAUACGUUACGUUGCAUUUUUAUCGUCAGCUAUGCGGACACCUCUCCAAGUGGAAACUGUCUUCCGGUCCUAUAUGCGAGGUUCGACUGUAUGGACUUAGUGUCUUCUAACAUUUGGCGUAGUGGCGUUUUAAUAUUUAACCAAACAUCUUAUCAGAAAAAAACCUCUUUUUUUUCCUCAGAAAAUCGCGUUGUACCUUUCGUGCAUCAUUCACGACAUUGAUCAUCGCGGUUACAACAACGCGUUCAUGAUCAAAAAUAAGUCUCCACUGAGUCGUCUGUAUUCCACAUCGACCAUGGAAUGGCAUCAUUUUAAGCAGGGAGUUUUUAUCCUCGAGGUAAGACCAUACGUCUUUCCUUACAAUUCUCAAUAGACUCAUCCACCGAUGUUUUCAACCGUUUUGGUUGGGACCUGUUAGCAUAAAUCCAUUACACCGCUGGAAAGAGCAUCUUAAAUCAGCCAAUUUGUUAACUUUUAGAAUGAUUUGUUAAAAACUAACGAAGGUAUAGCUCUGCAAAGUCGCGUAAUUUUACAGACGUUUGUAUGGUGUGGGGCAAGUUCGUGCCCUCACUAUACAAACGUCUAUAAGCGUCGCGACUUAUUGGAGCAAAAUGAUCUUCGCUAGCCUUGGACGUAUAACCUUUGAACUUGGUUUUAGGCCCUGACUUUUCAAGGGUAUUUGCUCACUGGUCUUUUAUAGCUGAAAAAAGACAAACAAACGCUUCUCUGGAUGACUUGUUUUGUAACAACCCUACUGCUUUCUCAUGUAAACCGUAGGAGCGAGAAGGGAAUCAAGGUAGUAUGUUUUAAAACAAGGUCACCCUACAUUUACAUUACCUCAAAGGUUAUGUGGAUACUUCACGUAUAACCAUAAAACUUUCCAGUGCCUUUACCAAUCAUCGAAAGAGCAAAAGUAGUGUCUUUUCGCCGCUGUCUGAGUUAACUCACUGAAAGAUUUGUUUUGGCCCGAAAAUGGUGCUUAACACAGUCUAAUUUGGUGCAAUUUAUCUCUAACUACGACCAAGAUAGUCCAGGUUGUUACUAUGAACUCACAAAAUGAGUCCUAGAGUGGACUGAAGUAAUUAUUUCUGACUGUUUUGACAGGAACUGUUCUCACGAGAAGCCAAAUCAGGGUCCAGAUCUUUCGAAACUGCAUUGUACUUUUUCUUAGUUGCGUUAGUUAGGAUGUUAUCAUGAUCUGCAGUUGGAUCACCUUUAACAAUCUAACUUUCAUGAGAUAUUCCUCUGGGGUAGGUAAAGUUAAGCGUCUAAUUUGAGAUGAAUGCUUAAUGAAACAAUUUUCAAACUAGUUUUAAACUGUGGUUCGAAUAGGCAUUACAGUGAGCUUUAUUGUAAAGGGCUAAAUAGUAAGUCUGUCUUAAUCCCAACAGAGAGACGGUCAUAAUGUUUUGAGUGCUCUUUCCACGAAACAGUUCAAGGAUAUUCUCGAGCUUAUGGAAGAUGCCAUUUUGGCAACAGACUUGAUGUUGUUCUUUGACAACAGAGCAAAGCUUGAAGCGAUUAUUAAGAACGACAAAUUCGGUUGGAGUAUUCCUGAGCACAGGUAAUGUUAAGAAUCUGUUUGUUAAAGUUCACACAAGUGGCAGUCGAAACUGCAUCCAAAACUCAAAGUUAAUUUUUUCAUUGAGAACGAAAGAUCAUGAUGUAGUGGUCAGGACUCGAAACUUUGAUUUAAGUUCUGAAGUCAGCUGCGCGAAAAACCAUCGAUGGUAUUUAGAAGCUAACAGGGAGGUUCCUUUUCAGGAGACUUGUGCGUCGUAUUUUGAUGACUGCGUGUGACCUUUGCACCUCUGCCAAACCUUGGUCCAUUCAAGUUGUUUCCGUCAAGAAGGUGUAUGAAGAAUUCUACCUACAAGUGCGUAUCUUCUCUUCUUCUAUUCCCAUUCAAAUGCAAUCCUGUUUAUGCAGUGCAUGACAUUGUUAUGUUUGCCUUGCUACUUUGGCAUAAAAAUCCUCCCCCUCCCCCAUAUUCACAAGUUUUUGUUAAAAGUACGUUACAAUUUUGAAGUACACUCGUCAAUGUAUCAGUUGCGUGCGAGCAACAGGAGAAAUGAAUCAAUGAACAGUCCAAGUAAGCAAAUUGUUCUUAGGUUAUUGAUUAUUAACCCUCCACCCCCCCAUCACGUUUUCUCUCACAUCAGUUUAAAGAGUUGCGCCCACAGUGGUCACUUGAUGCAAACUCGUCUGUUGAAUGUUUAAGAGGUAUUAUUUCUUAGUGUCCAUUUCUCUGAGUACUACGAUAUCCAAAGACGUCAUUGUAUAUAGAAUUUAAAUGCCUUUGGAUGAAUACACCCUGUAGGAUUGAUCGGAAAAGUUUAAUCAAUAUAUUACGUACAUGAACAGGGUGACGAAGAGAAGCAGAUGGGUUUGACGCCAAUUCCGAUGAUGGAUAGAACCAAGAAACACGAGCUUCCUCAAAGCCAGGUAAGUUAUUAAGCAGCAAUAGAACUGAUACACCCUCAUCAUGCUGCAGCACCUCACUAUCAUCAUCAUCAUCAUCAUCAUCAUCAUCAUCAUCAUCAUCAUCACAGCCACUACUAUCACCAUUGGCAUUACCAUCGUCAUCGUUAUUACUAUCAUCACCAUCACCAUCAGCAGCAACUACAGCUUCAUCGUUACCAGCAGUAGCAGUAACAGCACCACCACCACCAUCCCCUCCGGCGUCGUCGUCGUCGUCGUCAUCAUCGUCAUCAUCAUCAUCAUCAUUAUCAUCAGCAGCAGCAGCUCCACCACCACCACCAUAUUCCUCAUCGUCAUCGUCAUCAUGGUCGUCUUUUUCGCCGUUUCUGACAGAAAUUUAAUUACUUCUUUGUCGCAGCUUCUCAUCCCUACGCAGCUCCAGAUUUAAUGAAUCCCAUGUUUCUCAACCAAAUAGACCUUUAAAGCUUGUUGGGUUGUUUGUUUUAAUAUGAAUUUCAGUCAACAUGAUUUUACUGUGUAUGCAAUAGAACCCCGCCUUCCGACCACCCCAUUAUUAUAACUACCCGUUAUAGACGGCUUUUACUUAGCAUUUCCUCGAAAGCCUUGUUUAUGUGACCACCUCAUUAAGCAUUGGUCCAGCAUUGGUCGCAUCGAAGGCGGUUUUAAAAUCAACAGUUCUCUUUUUCAAACUCACCGUAUUAACCUGUAUAACAUGUAUGCAUACCGAGAGAAAGUCAUAUGGACUAAAGUGUGUAAAAACCACCCAAGUUCUCAAAGAUGCAUUCUCGAAUGUAAAUGGAACAAUUUGAUAAGAAACGCUGUCACGGUAAAAGAAAAUCGAUCAGCUCACACCAGUUUUUUAGGUUACACAAAUUUUUCGCAACACCAGUCAGGCCCCAGUUGUUUAAAACAUGUAUAAUGCUUUCCACCGGAUGCAUAAGUCUUUGAGAGAACUAAUUGUGCUAUUCAGUAGAAGGCAACUGAGGCCAGGUGUAUGUAUAAUCGAUUUUGAACCCAUAAACUCAUUCAGUCAUGUUGAUUUUUUAUACACUCUUUUUAGGUUGGUUUUUUGAAAGGCAUUGUCAAACCCUGUUACUCAGUCCUUGCUAGUGUCCUCCCAAUGCUGGAACCGACACUGGACAUUAUCGAGUAA